CUAAACCCACAACCGUAAAAUCAGUCUGUAUAUGCAGUAAAGUAUGCUUGUUAUAAUCACUGUGGAACCUAAGGGGUUAAUCCUCUGCAUUGUGUAAAAAGGCUGUUAGAUCCUUUCUUCUUUGCCCCUCCUCUUGUUGAAAUGACCCCCUGAUACAGACUCAAAGUAGUCACAUGCACAUGCUCAGUUUGGUGUGUAUUGGUAGUUUCCAAAUGUUCUUUUUUCUUGGGAGAGUGCAUGUGAUAAGCACAGGGCCAAUCAGCACUGUCCAGACAGAGGUCUCAGAUUCUGCAUCCUCCUAGAGCAG